GUAAAACAAAAACGACACAGUGACAGUCUUAUUGUGACGGUACAGCAGGUAGCUACUUUUGACACGGUAUUUUGAUAGAAUUACUUUCAAACUUAAACUUUCUUUUUCCCAUGGAUGCGAGCGCAAUUAUGAUUUAAGCCCAAAACUUGACAAAUUUUCAUUUUGAAAAGCGCUUGAACAUUUAUAUUUAUUUCAGGAACGAGCAGAAACAAAGCGGAGCAGCUACUUGUAGAUACUUCUUCCCGAAAAGUGGAUUUGCUCAACACAAACAAUGAUGCUUCAACUCCUGCUCUGGGCCCCCAGCAUGGUGCUCAUCGCGUUCUUCUUGUCCCUCGGCCACGACCUUGUGUAUCCUGAGUAAAAGCGUCCCCACCCCAGAGUUGUCAUGCAGAUUUUCAGUCACAGGAAGAUUUGUAAUGCGCAUCUCCACGAGAGCAAUUUUCAAUUGUGUUUUGGACUUUCUAAUGCCCUAAACAGGAUGAGUAGAUGGAUUUGCGUUGCGGCUGUACUUGCUAAAAAACUGCACUUUACAAUACAGAGACGAACUUGUCACGCUUGAUUCCCAAAACUUCUCGACUUGUGUUGCGAGAUCCCCAUCUUGACUCUGGGGUGGGGACGUUUUUGCUCAGGAUAUUGUGGCGGGUAUAAUCACGACGGCGGGAGUUCUUGUCCUAGUUGCAGUCUUCAAGAACCAGGCGCGGUUCGUUUCUAGUACGGAAGUAGAGGACAUUUUUCGGC